AUGAGUCUCUUCAGCUUAAAAGACCACACAGCCCUCGUCACGGGAGGCACCCGGGGCAUCGGGCAGGCCGUCGCGCUGGCCCUCGCCGAAGCCGGAGCUGACAUUCUCCUUGUUCAACGCGAUACGUCCAACACAAAGACCAAGGAGCAGAUUGAAGCACUCGGGCGCAAGGCAACCAUCUACACCUGCGAGCUGUCCUCGCCGGAAUCUGUCGCCUCGCUCGUCCCCAAGGUCCUUGCCGAUGGCCAUGAGAUCCGCAUCCUGGUGACCUGCGCCGGGAUUCAGCGACGCCACCCAGCCGAUGUGUUCCCAGACAGCGACUUCAACGAGGUCAUGCAAGUCAAUCUCAACUCCGUCUUCACAAUGUGCCGGGACAUUGGUGCACACAUGCUCACGCUGGAAUCGUCCCCUGUGACGGGUCGCAAGGGCUCCAUCAUCAACUUUGCCUCGCUGCUCACCUUUCAAGGCGGCCUCAACGUCCCAGCCUACGCUGCGUCCAAGGGUGCGGUCGGCCAGCUGACCAAGAGCAUGGCCAACCAGUGGAGUGACAAGGGCAUCACCGUGAAUGCCAUUGCGCCCGGCUACAUUGCGACGGACAUGAACGAGGCCCUGCUCAAGGACGAGAAGAGGCUGCAGAGCAUCUCGGAGAGGAUUCCGGCGGGCCGAUGGGGCACACCGGAGGACUUUAAGGGGACGGCGGUAUACUUGGCGAGCAGGGCAAGCGGAUACGUGAGUGGGCAUGUGCUGACGGUCGAUGGCGGGUGGAUGGGUCGGUAG